GUUCCGGAGCUUGUGCGCGCUCCUGUUGCUGGCUAGGCGCGCUCUCUUUCUGCCUGCCUCUCUUGUCACUCCCCCUCCUCCCGGCUUCGGCGAGCGAGAUUUUCCAGAGAGCUCUCCCUGCAGCCGCAUUAACAGACGCAGUGCCAGAUAACGUUUGAGACAGAAUGGCUGAUCAGCAUCAGGACUUCAGUAUGUCAGAUGACCAUUUGGUGAGCCAAGCUAGGUGGAACCAGACAGGCUCUCCCCUCCAUAUACCAGUUGAUGAUGGAUCCGAUGAACCAGGUUCUGAGGCUUCUGAUGCUAAGAGUACCCCAACUGUGGAAGAUGCAUCUGCUCCGUUAGUGGAGGAGAGAGCACAUGACGAUCGGACUGCAGCACGGCAGCAUGUGGAGAUACCUGAAGGAACUACUGCUGAGGAAGCAGGCAUAGUCUCUACUCUUAACCAUGAGGACCAUGCUGCAGGAGAUGCUCAAGCUGAUGGCUGCCUUUACUUGAGAGGUGUUUUGAAAGAAGAUGACUUUGGGCAGGGAAACAAGGAAGACAGGGAAACUGAUGAAACACCUCAGCUGGACAUUCUGAGUGAGAAAAAUCUGUUAUUAGAAGAAAGGUGUACCAUGGUUGCAGAAUUGGACCCCUUUGAGCAUUUUUACCAAGUUGAAGCUAACGUCCCAAAGGAAAGUGUAACUUUGGAAUAUUUGCUAGAUGUAGGCAAACUUUCAGAGGAUAACAUUUCCCUGGAAGGGGAGACAGCGGAUACUGUGCAGAUCUCAGAAGUGCAAAAGGCUCCAAGAAUGAAAGCUGUCAAUUGUACAUCAGAGAAGCAGAGCAGUCGAUUGCCAGUCCUGAAAGCUCGUAUUGACAAAGACAAAAAUGAGUCUGGGACUGAAGAGCCAAAACCAAAGGGUCCAGAUAUGAAAGGUGCAACAAAGAUCGCCACUGCACGCCCUGCUGUGGCACAAAACCAGAAAAGCCCAGCUGGUGCUUCCCGGAUCCCUGCCAAAACUCCUACCGUUCCCAAGACACCACCCAGCCUUGCUGCCAAGAAGGAGCAGAAGCGACCAGCUACCACAGCAGCAAAAUCUGAGAGAGGUGAAGAAAAAAAUAAAGGUGAACCUGUAAAGUCUGGAGAUAGAAGUGGAUACAGCAGCCCUGGCUCUCCAGGAACCCCUGGCAGUCGCUCCCGCACACCCUCCCUGCCAACUCCACCAAACAGGGAGCCCAAGAAAGUGGCAGUGGUUCGCACUCCACCAAAAUCUCCUUCUUCUGCGAAGAGCCGUUUGCAGACAGCUCCCGUUCCCAUGCCAGACCUGAAAAAUAUCAAGUCUAAGAUUGGUUCUACUGACAACUUGAAGCAUCAGCCAGGGGGUGGAAAGGUGCAGGUGGUUAAUAAGAAGCUGGACUUUAGCCAUGUCCAAUCCAGGUGUGGAUCAAAGGAUAAUAUCAAACACACUCCAGGAGGAGGCAGUGUACAAAUUGUUUACAAGCCAGUGGAUCUCAGCCAUGUAACAUCGAAGUGUGGUUCCUUGGACAAUAUUCAUCAUAAACCAGGUGGGGGGCAGGUUGAAGUGAAAUCUGAGAAACUGGACUUUAAAGAUAAAGUGCAAUCGAAAAUUGGAUCAUUAGAUAACAUCACUCAUACCCCUGGAGGAGGAAAUAAAAAGAUUGAAAGCCACAAGUUGACUUUUCGUGAGAACGCCAAAGCCAAGACUGACCAUGGAGCUGAAAUUGUCUACAAAUCACCUACUAUUUCUGGAGAUACCUCUCCACGUCGCCUUAGCAACGUCUCCUCUACUGGAAGCAUCAACAUGGUGGACUCCCCACAACUUGCCACACUGGCUGAUGAAGUGUCUGCUUCCUUGGCCAAGCAGGGCUUGUGAUUGUGUUUAAGUAGGUGGAGAGAAUAAGAAGAGACAAAUCCACUCUGGCCUUUCUUCCUGUUUUCCUUUUUACAUCUGCAUCCCCCACCAUUCCUUAUUUUUUUCUAUUAAUGGGAUAACUGUUUUAACCUAUACCCCUAUUCCCAUUUAAUCAUUUAUCCCUGGUCUCAGGGUUUCAGAAUUGUUGACAACUCAGAAAAAAAAAUCCUACUAUCUUUCCAAUUAUCUCAGUCUCCUGAACAAAAUGUAAUUGCUUGCCAGGUAAAAUUAGAGUGCUUUGGAUGGGGCAUUUACACUAUCUUGGGAAAGAAGGGUGGUAUCUGCUUCUUUACACAUGCAUUAGCUAGCCAAGGUUGUCUUCAUGGCGCUGGAAAAGAACCUUCUACAUUGAUAAUUUAGCAAUCCUCCUAAACAGCCCCUGGUGUUUUCCUGCUAUGUUAUAGGCAUUUGUGUUAGUGUUGGGCGAGAGCAGAUUUCAAACAUAAAGCCGAACUCAGCAGUUUCAGUGUGAAAUGUCAACUGUCAGGAGACCUGGAAGAAUGAUUCCUCUCUAUUUUACCUCUCCCAAGGGAAAGCUUUUCAUGCUGGAAAGGAUGAAAAAGUUCAGUUACUAUAUGCACACAGUUUUCUUUACUUUUAUCUUGGAUAUUUUCCUAAAUGGAGGUUAGCUAGAGCCAUAUCACUAUGUUAUUCAUGUACUGGAAAAACACUGGGCCUAGCUGCAUUUAAAUGCUGCCUGCUCACUUUGCAAAUAUGUUUAAAUGAUACAUUUUGAGGGGCCUGGUUACACCUUGCAUGUUUGAUGAUCCAUUGAAAUCAGUGAAAUUUAAGAUACUUGACAAAUUCUGGAUUUGACCAGUUGUUUUUAAUUUUUCAUGCCAGUAACUAUUGCCAUCUAUCUUUCUUCUGCUUUCUCUACUACAAUUUCUGUUUGCACCUGUCUUAAAAUUUCCUUAGCAAUAUAGGAAAUUGGCAGUCUCACAGCACUCAAGUGGCAGGUUUAGAAAAAAAAGGUUGAUAGGUAGCGAAUUUGCUCCUUGUGUUCUUUCCAAUAGGCCUGGCUGUUUCUCUUAGUUUCCAUGGAAAGAUUGCAGGCAUAUCUGCAGCGAUUUGCAAAGUUAAGGGUUUAGGAGUUUUUCUUUUUUAAUUUUUAAAGUGCAGUGCCCUUGUUUAAGAGAUGGGCAAGUGUCAUGUGGGAAUGGUAUUCCCCUGGAAGAACAUAGAAUUAGCAAAAUUGUGCAUUGUUCUGAUGCCCUGUCAUAGCAUCAUGUUUGUCAGGCAAUGCCUGCAUAUAGAAAAGAAGUAUAAUAGAGCAAACGCCACAGACAGGUUUCAUUUCUCUUCAGAUACAAUGAUUUCCAGUCAAGGUUGGUGUGUAUAUUAUUCAUUUAGGUUUGAAUGUGUACAUUACUGAUGCAGGCAUCUGUGUUUAAAAGAUAACAUACAUCUCAGUGCAGUAAGCAGCGGCUUAAAUGUUGUUUGGUUCACUGUUUCAGAAACUUGAAGGGAGGACAAAAAAUAACACAUUGUGCAAAAUUGCUCAGUAUUCUAAGCACAAGUUACAUCCUCGACGAGCUCUCCUGCUACUGGAGCACUCUAGUCCAGCUAAAUUUGUAGGGGUUACUUAUAUAAUGCAUGCCCUCUUUGCAAACAUGUUUUCAUCACUGCUGUGUGGAGUUUUCAGUUUGAGCUGUAGCUGCGUGUCAUUCCUUGUGCUUUGGGAAGAGGCGCUGUUCCUCAGUUGGCCCAGCCCAUGGAGGCACAGUAUGUGGCGUUCCUGCCAGGUGCCACCCUCCUUGCCUCCAUGCAGUGCAAACAAGCAUUGUCCCCAGCUGCCAUCAUGCUUCCACAUUGUCCUCAUUCAUGCUCAGUUUCCAUCCCCAGCCACAUUUCAUUUAGAUGAGCAGUCAACAAGCUAUCAAGCCAGGAAAGGGCAUCUUCUUACUUAAUCUCACACAUUUCCAUGAAUACCAUGUAUAUAGAAAGGCAGCCCAUUUAUUGUUAGUAGGAGUUGUGAAUAAUAGAGUCUGCAGUAAGUUAUUCUCUCCUUGUAUAUAGGCUGAGUUGUCAGGUGAGAGGGAUAAAGUUGCUUUAACUACAACAGACACAAAAACCCACAAGCUUUUCCAAAUAUACAUGCAUGGCUUUUGAAAGCAAGUUAACCACUAAGUGUGUGUAGGAAUGGGAGACUGGUCCUUAGGGCUGGGCAGGGUAAGGAAAUAUGUUGUGUCUGUUACAGUGUGGUGUUUAAUAUGUAGUAGGUCAUUUAUGGCCUGAGUUGGAUGAACUGUCUGGCUGUGGGAAUGGCAUGCAGGUGCUCUAGUCCCCUUUUGUCAUGGAACAGAUGGUUCCACAGCAGUUGGAGAUCGCAGUAUGCAGACUAUCAGACAAAGGUGCUCACGAUGAUCAGAGGCUUCUAUUCCACCUGCUGCUUUACUCCUUGGUUCCUGGGAUGCUGUUGCACCCAACACGUGAAUCAAUGCCUUUAUACUAUAGUUCAAGAGAAUUUGUGCAGGCUCCUCUUUCCAGCCAACUCCCCUCUAAAAGGAGGCUUCAUAGCCAUAGUUCUGGAAAAAUCCAUCUACUCAAAAGCACCUGCUCAAGACUGUCACUGCAAAACAUAACCUUAUACCCUUGCACAAAUGGCUUAGUAUUUCUGCCCGUUUAGAUCUCAAAUACAAUCGGUGAGGCAGCCCAGCAGUAAAAGAAAUAGGCCAACUUUUUAGCACGUUCUAGCUUCUGAUGCUUAUGCAGCAAAAGCAUAGUUAAAGCAUCUGCCUGUUUCUUAGUCAGUGUGUCACGACUAGCACUAUCCCGUUUACCUUGUGAUAUUCUUCAAAUCUGUCCCAUUUGCAAGGGACAAAAAACAUAGCAGGAAAAUAACAAAAUACACUUGUUUCCAUUCAGACUUUUACAAUGAUACAAAAUGUAAUGCUUUGUCCAUCAAUGGCACAUAGUAAUCUUUUCCUUUGUUUGAAAAAAGUUGUUGCAUAUUGGAAGUCAGCUGCUAAAACCAGGUCAACUGAGGAUGGGGAAAUGGUUAUUGCUCCUAGUUAAGGUAUGCAGAACAUCUGCUAGGGCAAAAGGAAGUUGACUGGGAAUUGUGGGCUAAGGUAAGAGGAGUGGACUUGCAGUUAAAGACAAACAAAUGGCUUAGCAUGGUACUUUUGUUAUUUCAUUCCAAGGCAGCAUCCUGGUGGAGGUGAUCUGCCCAUCAAGGCAGCCUUCAGUAAUCUCUAAUUAUUGUAUGGUACUGUGUUUGGAACAAAGCUUGUGCUUAUUUAUGUAUUUAUGUCAUUUAUACACAUUUUAUCUCAAAACAAACUGGGAACACCUUCCACUGAGAACUUGCAUCCAUCCAUAUUUCUAUUUGCAUUUGAGGCUACAGAUUGGACGGGAAAAAGUCUUACUUUCAGUUUUUUCAUUAUGUUGAAGCUAGAGUUUAUUAUAAUUUGCUUUAAAAGAUCAUCUCCCCCCCACCCCUGAAUUCUUUUCCCACAUAUUAAGAGCCCUGGUCUCUGUCUACUUCAUUCCUCCUAUUUGCCCCCCCCCCAACCCGUGUUCAGACAUAAGGCACGUUAAAUAUUCUGAAUAAUUCCUCUCCCCCGUUUUCCCCUGAAUCAUAGGUCCUGAUUCCCAGUCAGCAUUUUGAUUGUUUUUAUGGCUCAUUUUAGGAGACACAGACAUCAAGUUUGCAGCUGGUUACACCCAUGAUGGUUUUAAUCUAAGGCCAUGUCAAACUGGCAGAUGUCUUGUCUUGGGAUAUAAAUAUACAUAUCUAGGGGCUUGGAAAAGUAUUUAAACUUGACAGAUGGAAAUCAUGGUUUUGAAGCUAAAAAGAAAAAAAGGCUUUGUUAAGGAACUUGGAAGUAUCAAAAAGGGACAAUGGAGUUUGGAAGACCCCACAAUUCCCUUUAAAGUUUUUGAGAGGGAGGGAAAGCAGGGUGGGGGGUGGGAAGGGAGUGAGGUCUCCGUAUGAUCAUCCUAGCUUAGUUAACCUGUCUGUGAUGUCCAUAUUGUACGUGUGUGUUUUAACAACUGGUUUACACUGACUUGCUGUAAAAGUGAAUUUGGAAAUAAAAAAGUCGUUACUACAAUAUUAAA